AAUUUGAAUGGUUUCUUUCAAUGUCGCGAUGUCUUGUCUAAAUUGACACUAUGUUUUCGAGGGUGUGAAAUUGACACUGUCAUUCACCAUGCGGGUAAAUUUGCCCGGUGCAAAUUCCCGGAACCCUAGCCCGCUGCAACACUCACGAUUUGCUUUUCAAAAUGCUGCGGAGGUCACGCUUCCAGAAAGAAAACAGAUACAGGGUCCAGCCCUCAAGACGUCGCAACUUGAAUAACCGUCGCAAUAUAUUCCGUUGGCUCCUAACCAUAUGUCUCGAAAACCUACCCAAACGCAAAUGGGACCAAGUCGUCAUGUUCUUGUUCCUUUGCGCUCUCUUCCCCUUCCUUCACGCACUUUUCGGUAUAGGGGGAAAAGCUGAGCAACAUGUGAACCGCUCAGCGAAAGCAACCGGCGAGCCUCCAAACAAAUCACAAGGGAAUGACGCGUGUGAAACCACCCUCCUCACAAACCAGCUGCUCGCGAGUGACACCCACACGGACUACCCAGUCGAGAAUUCAGAACACACCGCGCACCUCGCGCGCGCGCCCAUUACAUCGACACUACACCAUGCAUUCCAUGAUCCGGCUUCUCCGGUUGCCCACUCAGAGAUGGCACCUAUAGUGCCUUCAACGUCCGCAUUCGCACAGACAUCUGAACCUGGUGCUCCGGUAUUGUUUCAGGGAGACAAGUGGGAUGACAUGCCGUAUGACCCAUUCUAUCUUGCAUUCGACGGCAUAUCAUGGAGUGCGCCGACAGAAGCAAUCUAGACAGCCGCUGCGCAAAGAACUCGGAGCAUCCGGCGAAUGCAGAGGAAGUUCAGGAGGUGUUCAAUGUCAGUGAGGUGUCGAGAAAUUGGUGGGUCCCAUACGAGACACCAGCUUUUUGAUAUGUAAAAUAUGUUCCUUGUAAGUCUGUCCGUAUACUGUACGGUGUAUAUUCAUGUCCAAAUAUU